GAGGUUGUUGGGGCCUUGACGGAGAUCUUCGUAUCUUCUUUGGCCAGACGCCAGAUCCCGGAGGACCGGAGUUGUUGUUCCUCUGGUUAAGAAGGGCAGUAGAGAGAAACCGGGAAGAGCAGUUGGGUCAGGAGUAAUAUUCUAUUCAAGAAGAUGAAGGAACAGAAUUCAAAUCAAGUAAUGUUUGAUUUAAUAGCGCUCUGUCAGGAAGAUUUGGGACCGCUAUGUCAAAACUGGUUUGAAGAACUAACUUUGUCAGCAUGUUCUAGCCAGUUUAAACAACCUGGAGGUGAUGUCCAUUUUGCUACAUCUGAUUACAAUAAUGAUUACUUCAAAACACCAUGGCAGAAGCAGACUUUACAUAGCCAGCUAGAUUGCACUCCAUCAGUCUUCAGUGGUUUCCCCUUAAUAAUCCCUUCAGUAUGCACAUCUGAUCAAAGGAAUGAACACAGUAGGAUGAAACCAGAAAACAGUUUUUCUGCUUUGGGACAAGGAACUGUACCUCCAUACAAGGGAAGCCAUCAUACAACCUCAAGUCCUGUUUUUGAUGUUUCUCUGAUGAAAAGCCCUGUGGUCUUGAUCGGUACUUGCAGGACUCCGCAACACAUCCAUACCACUCAAGAUGAUAGAGGUUCAUUUUUCAGUUCUCCAGUAACAAGUAAGGUCAUCUCAGAACAGAUUUUAGAAAGCCUUGGGGCUGAGGUGGAUCCAGACAUGUCUUGGACUAGUUCGUUAGCAACUCCUCCAUCACUAACUCCAACAGUUAUUAUUUGUAAAGCCAAAGAAAGUGAAUUGCUUCAAGACAAGGCUAAAGAAGUACAAGUACCUUUGCUUUUACACAGUAACUUAAAUAUAGAGCAUAAUGCUUAUGCUUUUGGACAACACAUACUGCCUGUAAUUGGGGAGGAGGAAUGUGAAGAAAUGGAAGGGGUUGAUCAGAGUUGUAAGCCUGAUGAUGGAGUGGCUAACUUGGUUAAUGAGAGCAGAAGCUAUAAAGAUGGAAAGCAGACUGUACCUGAUGAAGCAGUAUCUUUCACUGAGUGUACACCUUUGGGACUACGAGGAAUAAAAUCCAAUACUGUAAAGAGAGAGAACAAACUUGCAGUGAAUAAUCUUAAGAUAAACGGUGGUAAAGCCUUACCAUCACAUGAUUCCUUGCAAAGCACUGCAGCUCAAUUAGACUUCCAUAUGGUUUCCAAUAAUUUAGCUUUUAGCCCAGUUAAAGACUGCAAAAUGAAAGGAGUUUUCCUGAAUAGCAAGAAGUCUGUCGAUCAACAUUUGUAUGACAGAAGCUCAGAGGAGUUAUCAGGCCACAAUAUAUCUUCCCUGUCUGACUGGUCACAGCUAAAUCUCUCAGAACUUGAUGAAAGCCAGAUGAUUAAUGGAGGCUCAGACAAUGUAGAUCGUUCCGCAGAGGCAUUGUCUUUGAGCAACACAGAGAAUCUAGCAUUUCUUUCAAAUGAAAAAGAUAUGGAUAAAGGAUUUAGUUGCUUUUCCGGUGAAGAACGUGGGUCAGUAGCACGGAAUUCAGCUUGUUCUUCAGAAUAUGUUGUAACAGAGAAUCACUUCAAUUGUUGUAGAGUUGCUGAGGAUUUCAAAGCAGAUGAUGAAAGCAUAAAUAAUUCUAAAGCAGAAGCAAAAUCCAGUACUCCAAACUGUACUUGUGAUAGAUCUCAACUGUCAAAACUUCUCAAUCCUUUAAUUCCUGACACAAAUUAUUUUGUAACUGGCGAUUCAGUGCAAAGUCAUCCAUCUGAUGACAGAAGAAUGGAUUCAGAUUCAGAAAAUGUAGCAGUUGGAUCUUUCCCCUCAUGCAAGUUGGAAAGAGUGUGCAUAGAAGGCAGUAAUCUUGAAAGUAAAAUAAGCAAAAUAAAGCCAGUGACUGCUUUAAAAGAUCACAAAGCCAGUUUAACAGAUUCUAUCAAUAAUGGCGAAAAGUCCAAUCAGCCUGUAGUUUCUAGGAGUACCUCGCUGGUUCUGGAUCCAGUAAAGUGUCAAGUAGCUGGAGAAGACCAUAGUUUAUUGCUUUCUGCCCUAAAGGGGCAUUCAAGGAAGUUCCUAUACUCUGUGCAAGAUCCUUUAAAUCAACAUGAACAUAAGAACAUCUCUUUGGCCACUGACUUACAAAUUAAAACACAGUUUCUUCCUUUGGCAUCAAAGUCUUCAUGCAUGUCAUCAGCCCGAAAAUUUGGAAACCAGCAGAACCCAGCUCCUUAUAGAAAAAAUGAAGAUGGUGCUACUCCUGAAAAUAUUCUGUGCAUUGAUCUCAAUGUUGAAGCCAGUGGGAAGCAUGGCAUGGAAGCAAAUGAAAUUCUACAAGAUAGACGUCAGCUUUUUGAGAAACCUGGCAAAAUACAAGAUGUAGCAACACAUCAGCAUCUUAAAGAUGAAACUUUUGAUAAGCUGUCACACGCUUUUAAUAAUGACAGCUGUUGGGAUAAUUUUGUGACCCCAUUGAACAGAAGACAUUCUCAUAACAAGAAGGAGCGUAAAAUCUUUGCCACAGCUUGUCGCACAGUGGCUAAAAGGUUAAACAUGGAAUCUAAAAUAAUGACUAAUAGUUUUGAUGUACAAGCUGAAGAUGUAGAGACGAUCUGUACACCUGCAGUUAUUAAUUGUGUUCAAGCAGAGAAAGCAAAUGUAUCUGAAAAUACUGUUUCCCAGAAUAAUGGGAGAUUCUGUGAGUUCAGGUUAUCACCUUUAACUGAUGCAAAACAAAGUUCUGUGCAUCAUGACGGCAGUGAAACUACAUCUGAAGACAGCGUAAGUUCUCUCAAUCAUCACGAUACUUGUAUUGCACCAUUUUCUGCCCAAUUAUCAACCAAUGUAAAAGCCGGCACUUCAGUUAUAAUUCACACAAUAUCAUCUCAUUCUUCCUGCAUCUGUAAUGUUUUGCAUAAAACAGAACAGCUUUGCCUUGAUUCUGAAAAAUGUAAGAAAACUUUGAAGAACAAAUCUGAUCUGUCUGAACUUCAAAUAGAACCAAACAUAGAGACAGUAUCAAUUUGUUUGAGCCAAGAGAAACAUUUUGAGGGAAGUCUCAUUAUGGAAAAGGAAUUGUUGAAUACAAAUGAAAGACCUGACUUGCAUAAUUCAUUAGGAAGUGAAAAGAGAGAGUGUUCUGAUAAUACAAAUCUUCAUAUUCAUAAUAGAAAAGUUGCAUUGAAGGCUAGAAAAUUGAAAACUGACAUCAGUGAUGCAUUUUUGGUUUCUACAACUGUAUUGCCUGAAUGUGAAAUAGAAUGCAAGGAAAACCCUUCUACGGAAGCCAAGAAAGCACCAUGUAACUUGGCAAGUUCUGCUCUCUCUGGUCUUGGAAUGCAUUGGAGCAAAUCAUCUGAAUUAACAGGGAAUUUACAUAAUGAAACAAGAGCAGCUUUUUCUGCAUUUGUUACCAAAGCAGAAUUGUAUGAGCCAGCUGAAAUAACCCAAUUUUCACACAACAUUGAACUAUAUAAAGGAGAGAACACUGAUAAAACAGAAUUGAAAUCUGGGAAUCCAGGAGCUGAUUUAAAUUCUGUAAUAAUAAAAGAAACUUGUACAGUUUUGGAAAAUACCAAAAAAAUGAGAUCGGAAGAUUGUGAAGCUUAUAAAUGUGGACCCUGCAAUAGAGAUCUUACAAGUAAUGAACAGUGCACAGAUUUGCUUACAGAAAACCCCUCACAAGGGAAAUCAUUAAAAAAAUUUGAAAAUGACAACUUAGAAGCAAAUUCUGCACAAGCAGCCAUCUAUGAAGUUGUCACUUCAGAAAACAUAUUUGAGAAUCAAAAAGGUAAUUGUCCAAUCUCCUCUAUUAAUCCAGAGACUAAAUCCAAAUCUCCUGAGCUCCAACUUACCAUGGAAGUUGUUAAACAGUCAUUGUUUCCUUUUACAAAAACAUGCACUUUUAAUUCCUCUGAAACUUUAUCUCAGAAAAAGUUGCUUGGUGACUACAAAUGUUUGACAGCUAGUCAAGCAGAAGAUGUGAACAAACUGUUUACUAUGUUAGAGGACACCAAUAGCCAAUUUGAAUUUACACAGUUUGGAAAGGAGUCUGCAGUCAGUGAUGUGAACAAGGGUACCAACCUGCUCAUCAAGCAAUUAGAUUAUACUCCACCUCCUGUUUUGGAUAAGUGGCAGGAUGUCAGUUUUCAUGUUCAGUCUUCAAUGAUAUUGAAUAAUAAGCCUUGCAACUCACAACAGCGAGCAGAGUUUUCAAAAAUGGGGACUAGUUCUGAAAUCUGUCAGCAGAUCACAGAAGAAAUGGACCAAACCGUACCAAGUAAACUUGUUACUUCCUUUGGCUUUAUCAAUAAAAAUAAAGGAAUUACAGCACUUCCAGUGCCAAAAUUCUGCACAAAUUCCUCGGACAGUGUUAAUAUGCAUAUGGAAACAAUGCUCAAUGAUGUAAUUUCACCUCUGAAAGACAAAGUGAAUUUUAAAGGAGACCAUGGGGGUUUUUGUACAGCAAGUGGGAGUGAAAUAAAGCUCUCUGCUGAGAGUUUGAAAAAAGCAGAAAAUGUUUUCAAAAAUAUUGGCAAUGACCUUGAUCAAACAAAUGAUCGUGUACUUGCAAUUGAUGCUUUAAGUUGCUUAUUAAGCAAUUCUAUUAGUGGGUCUGAAAAGGUAACUGAAGUUAAAUUAAGGGAUACAGAGGUUGUAAGAAGCAGCGAGUCAUACUUGCUGCAUCCAGGUAUCUCCAAUUUAAACAGUAAAGAUAGUCAGGAUAACAUUUUGCAAAAUGAGAAAAUUGUGAAUAGUGAUAGGAAAGAUGAUUUUCAGACAGAUGGGAACAGGUCUGCCAACAUAUUAGAAGAAGCUACUCUACAUAAAGCAAUGUAUUUAUCCACUGAACAAGAUGUCUUGGAAAGGUCUGAUAGAGUAGAUGAAGCGAAACUUGGUACAGUGAAAAAUAUGGCUUGGGAAAAGAAUGUAUGUCAAUCUGAUUGCAAUGGCGCAAAAGACAAUGAGAACAUGGAAUUUGGCAGUAAGAUGGAACUAUCAGAUGACGACUUAUUGUCUGGCCCUUUUGCAAGCCACAUCAAAUCUUCAGAUGAAACUAUAAAUACAGAGGAAAGUAAUGAUAUCACAUGUUUCCAAACUGCACGUGGUAAGGGAGUCACAGUCUCCAAAACAGACUUGAAUAAAGCAACAAAUUUGCUUGAGGCCAAAGACUGCUGCAGUGAAAAUUUUCAAAAGCCUAAGUUGCUUACAGGAAUAGAAAAAAAUGCAUCUCAACAACUUGAUAAGAGGAUAAACACUUCUCAAAUGAAUUUGAAAAAAAAUGAUGUAGAUAUGCAAUUAUGUGAUCAAAAACAGGCCACAUCAGGUCAUUCAGUUUCUGCUGCGUUUAUAGUUCCAAAUAGUGAAAACUCUGAAGCCUGUAAUUCACUUCAAAAUAUAGAAGAAAUAAUUGUAACUAAUGCACCUUCUACUACAAUAGAGACUGGAAUGAAAGGAUUCCAAACCGCUAGUGGUAAGAUGGUUAAUGUCUGUAAAGCAUCUCUCGAUAAAGCCAAAGCUCUAUUUGCUGAGAAGGAUCUUUUGAAUGAAACAAAAUAUACUAGGAAAAAUAGUUCAUUAGAAUCCCUUCUACCAAAUAUUAGCACUCCAUUAAUUCAGAAUGCUGUAAAAAGCGGAGGAGUGAAACAGCUGAAGGAUAACCGCAGUCAUGUGAAUUCUAAAAGUCAUAGCAGGUUGAAUGACUUAUCAGUUCAAAGUAAGCAUAUAUUCGAGGAUUUGGAUCUGGAUACUAAUAUAGAAAUGAAAGGCUUCCAAAUGGCAAGUGGUAAACAAGUCAGUGUGUCAAAGAUAGCUUUAAAUAAGGGAAGAGCUUUGUUUCUUGAUGAUCAUAAUAGAUUUAGCAUUCAACAUAGUUUAAUGUCACCUGAAACAUUUAAAAAUGCACCUUGUGAGGGCAGUGCUUUAAAUGACAAAAUUUUAGAGGCUAAGCUUCCAUACAAGUUAGACAUGAUGAAUGAAGUGAGUAGUCUUCCACCUAAACAAUGUUUAGGCCACUGUGCUGCAGAUGGUAGCAGUAUAUCUGUAGGUGAAGCAAACCUGAAAUACACAGAAGAGAACAUUUCAGAAAGUGAACCUGGAGAAAGCAAAGUUUCAGUUUCAAAUACUACCUUUGAUAAUAACCAAGGUAAUUUUACUGGUGAUAUUGUGUCUGAGCUUCCUCAGCUUUUUCAAAAUACAGGACCAAUUGCCUUCAGCACAGCAAGUGGGAAGCCUGUUCAAAUUUCAGAAGAAUCUGUAAAGAAUUGCAAGCAGAUCUUUGCUGAAAUAAUAGUCAGCGAGGAGGAAUUUAAGGUGGUCAGUGGGAAAGAUGUGAAGUCCAAGGGGAAAAGACAUUCACAAGAAAAAGUGCAUUCAGAUACCUGCCAUACAAAGGCAUCUCUUGGUUUCAACACGGCAAGCGGGAAACCAGUUUUAGUUUCUGAUGUUGCUCUUCAGAAAGUUAAAUGUAUGUUAAAAGAAUCUGAAAUGAAUAAUAGUUCUCCAAGUAGCCCAAAGUGUGCAAAAAAUACACUUUUUGAAAAAGCUCAGCAAUUACAAUUAUCACCCACUUCUUCACUGUUCUCUGAUACCAUGAGCAAUGAACAACGAAAUAAGAAAGAUUCACAGUUAGCUCACGGAAUAUUGGAUGACUGUACAGAGAGGACUUCAAACAUACAAAAUUCCAUCCAAGUAGAAUUAAGCAAAAAGAAAAUUAAUGAUCUUGAGGUUAAUAGACCUACAAGAAAUUUGUCUGCAUCUUGUUCAAGUACUUGUAUGCUCAUGUCAGGAUUUCAAACGGGUAAGGAAGUAAUGGUCGAAGAAAGCAGUUUAACUAUGGCAAGAAUACAGUUGGCUUCAAAUAAAAAUGAUAAACUGAGCCAUGCUGCUGAGAAAUCUAAUAUUCUUGCUGAAGGAAGAAUUAAAUCAAUUUGCAGUGCAAGUUGUGCCUCUACACCUAUUGUGCAUGAAUUAAAAACAAAUCCCAAAAUACUAGAAGAAAAUGUGGAAAAAUGGACUACGGAUGAUUCAAAGGCAGCAAUGGACCAUGAUGAACAUUUGGAUUUUAUGUUGGGCAAGGCAUUCAGAUACACCCAUGCUUUCACAGAUCAAACUAUUGGACCAGAUUUAAGAACAGGGAAGAGGCUGAGAUCAGAGGGAAAAUUUACAUCAGAGGAGCCUCUGCCAAAAAGACAGUUGUUAUCUGAAUUUGACAACACUUUACAGAAUGAUCACGCGUCUACUCUCAAACCCUUAAAGUGUAACCCUGAAGGAGCACUUCAUGAUCGAAGGAAAUUCAUGUACAAUGUCCCACUUAAGCCUGUUAUUUGUUCUCCAUCAAAAGUCAAAAGUCUUUCAAACAAUAGCCAUCAGCAAAUGAUUUCUCCUAAUGUUGCGAUCCCUAUCCAUGAAGAUUCAGUUCGGCAAGAUCUACAUCUUUAUCGUGACAUUAAGUUGUCGAAAGGUCAAGCUGCAGUGUUCAAACCUCCAUUCCACAGUCACUCUGGUGGUCAUAGGCAGUUAAAUAAAAGCAGACGGACUACAUCAAAGACAGAGAAAACCUUCCUCCCACCGUUUAAAACCCUUCCAAGUUGUAAUCAAAUGGAAAAGCAAGGAAAUACGGAGGCUGUAUUUUCUCCAAUGCAAAAUGAAAGUGAAUCUAAUGCAAAGGUCAGCAACUGCAGUGGGCUUUUGCAAGAUGGUGGUCCAUUAAACGAUGAUCUAAUUUUAGCUAGAUAUCAUGAAGACAAACUCCAAUCGAUAACUGGUACUUCAGAAGAACUUAAAGCUAGCAAUAAAGAAUCUUCAAGGAUGGUUCAAAAUUGGCAUUAUGCGAGGAAUCUACAGGAAAUGCGAUUAAUGAAGAAAAAAAGGGAAACUAUUCGUCCACUACCAGGGAGCUUAUGCAGGUCUAAAACUUGCAGUUCAAAACUCUCUCUGCAUACAGCUGUUGAAGGAAAAGCUCCAACUCAUUUUACAGAAGAAAAGUUGUAUAGUUACGGAGUCAACAGAAGUACUCUCUGUGUACGAGCAGAAAAUGCAGAAUCAUUCCAGAUCAACAGUCGAGAAUUUUUCUCCGAGGAGCUAUUGAAUGCUAGCAAUGGCCUGCAGCUUGCAGAUGGUGGUUGUCUUAUUCCAGAUGACAAUGGGAUGGCAGGAAAAUCUGAAUUUUACAGAGCUCUUUUAGAUACUCCUGGUGUAGAUUCCAACCUAAUCAGUGAAGUUUGGGCCUAUAACCAUUAUAGGUGGUUAGUAUGGAAGCUUGCUGCUAUGGAGAUCGCUUUCCCCAAACAGUUUGGUGGCAGGUGCCUGACACCAGAAAGAAUACUUCUGCAACUUAAAUACAGAUAUGAUGUGGAGAUUGAUCAAAGUCGGCGAUCUGCCUUAAAAAAAGUCAUGGAGCGGGAUGACGUAGCAGCAAAAACGCUAGUGCUUUGCAUUUCUAAAAUAGUAUCAUUGGGUUCAAGAUCAUCCCAAAAUAACCAAAAUCCUGAUGAUGCAGUUAAAGAUUCUAAAACUCUUAUUGAAAAAAGUGCCAUUGAAACAAAAAAGGAUAUGUCAUUUGGAGUUAUUGAAGUCACUGAUGGAUGGUAUGGAAUUAAGGCCCUUCUGGAUUCUCCACUCACCAAUUUGUUACGAAAAAGAAGACUUGUCAUUGGUCAAAAGAUUAUCGUGCAUGGAGCAGAAUUAAUAGGAUCACAGGAACCUUGCUCACCCCUAGAGGCUCCAGAAUCACUCAUGAUAAAGAUAUCAGCCAACAGUACAAGACCUGCUCGAUGGUAUGCUAAGCUAGGAUUUCAUUGUGAUCCUCGACCUUUUCCAUUGCCACUAUCUUCCCUAUUUUGUGAAGGUGGAAUGGUUGGAUGUGUUGAUGUGAUUGUUGUAAGAAUUUACCCUAUACAGUGGAUGGAAAAAAGCACCAAUGGAAUGUAUGUCUUCCGGAAUGAACGAGCAGAAGAACGGGAGGCUCAAGUACACCUUGAAAAUCAGCAAAGGAAGCUGGAGAUGUUGUAUGCCAAAAUUGAAGCUGAACUACAGGAUCAAAAUAGGGUUGACAAGAAGGAAAAAAGGGAACACAAAAUGCAGAUGUUAAGUGAACAACAAAUCAUGAUGCUUCAAGAUGGAAAAGAGUUGUAUGAAGCUGUCCAGAAUUCUUCUGAUCCAUUAUCUGUUGAGGCUUGUUUGUGUGAACAGCAGUUAAAAGCUCUGAAUAAUUACAGACAAUUGUUGAAAGAACAAGAACAGGUCCAGAUUGAGGCUGAAUUCAAAAAAGCAUUAGAGAAUGCUCACGGUGAUAACGGCUACAUAAAAAGGAAUGUCACCCCUUUGUGGAAGUUAUGUGUUAUGGACUACAAAAGCCAGGACAGUAGUGCUGUCUAUAUGUUAAAUAUCUGGCGCCCAAUUGCCGAGUUACAUUCCCUGCUAAAGGAGGGUGGAAGAUAUUGGAUCUGUUAUCUGUCUGCUGCAUCAUGCAAGGGUCGGCAUAGUCAUAUUGAUCUGCAGUUGACUGCUACAAAGAAAACUAGAUACCAACAGCUACAGCCAUCUUCCAGUGUGUUAAAUCGACUCUACCAACCUAGGCAAGCAGUGACAUUUGGCAUGCUCUAUGAUCCAUUCUUCAGAGCUGUCUGCAAAGAAGUGGACCUAGCAGGAUAUGUGAUCUACAUUUUGGGGAAAACAGAUGGACCUUCAACAGUGUAUUUGGCUGAUGAAAAUCAGGAUCUAGUAGCUAUAAAAUUUUGGACAAGUCUUAAACAGCUGGCUGUGGAAGAUAUUGUUAAGCCAAGUGCUUUAAUUGUUGCAAGCAACUUGAAGUGGACAUCGGAGAGUUACAUGGGUAUUCCUGUGCUGUUAACUGGGGAUCUUUCCAACUUCUCUGCAAAUCCGAAGGAUGGCUAUCUACGAGAAAAAUACAUUCAACUAAAAAGUUCUGUUCAGAAUAUACAGACUUUCAUCAAGAACACUGAGGAAAAGAUGAAGACUAUUCUUGGAACAAUUGGUACUCCAAGGUUGAACCGAGACUCUGGUGAUAUACUUACUCCGAACAAUAAAAAAUCCAGCAUUGCUCCAGUUAGUGGCACUUUGCUUGCUUCAUCAAAUGCUAAAAGAAAGCCACCAACACCACCAACUACAGAAAAUGGAUCCAAAUCUACAUUGUGCAGCACAAAGAUUACACCUGCUGAUUCCCUCACAGAGCUGAAGAAGAGAAAACUUAAUCUUUUGUCUCAAAUUCCUUCUCCUGUUCCAUUGCCUUGCCUUUCCACUUGUGUUUCGCCAUCUGUACAGAGAAGUUUUCGACCACCCAGGAGAUGUGUCACACCACAAAGCUCUGAAGCAAUCCAAACUGGAAAUAACAAACUUGUUCAGGUGUCAUCUUUGAAAAAGACUGACAUUUCUAAAGUGGCUGAGGAUAACUGGGUUACAGAUGAGGAACUUGCAAUGAUAGAUACUCAAGCACUUCUUGAAGGUUGGGAAAAUGGGUUCAGUGAAAAUGACAAAGGAAAAGCUACAAGGGCAAAAAUCACCAGUUCAAAAGACCAUACCACCUUAUCCAAAAAUGUUAAUUAUCUUGGGACUCAGAUUUCCAAAAUAGUUGAAGACAACUGGGUUACAGAUGAAGAACUUGCAAUGAUAAAUACACAGGCACUUUACGAAGAGUGUGCUAAUGGCUACAGUGUGAAGGACAGCAGAAAGGUUGAAAAGUCCCAAGUUGUCAAAAUGACAGAUCUUGCCUUAAUGCCACAAACUGGAAAUGAUUUCAAUAAUGAACUCAGGAGCAAAGUUACCAAAUUCAUUGAAGAUAAUUGGGUUCCAGAUGAAGAGCUUGCAAUGAUAAAUACCCAAGUGCUUUAUGAGAGUAUUGAAAAAAACAAGGGAAAUGUUGAAGAUACACAAAUUGAGAGUUCUAAUGAUCCUGCUGCCUUGAAACAAAAUAUUAACAUUUAUCUUGAAUCUGAACUUGAAACAGUUAGUGCUUCACCUAAUAAAUGUCCAUCUGUUGGAUCACAGUCCAAAAGAAGGCGUAAAGAUGAAGCUAGUACAAUACAUCCAAGUAAAGUUUUCAGCCAGUUAGAAACAAGUCAUACCACCAAGCAAUAGUAACAUUAACGUACAGGAUGGAGAUAAUUAUGUAACAAAUAGGAUAAUCAUAAGAAACUUGCAAUUAUCAGCAUUACUUUUGGUUUUUAUUUUAUCUUUUGCAUUGCACCCAGACAUGCACAUUACCCAAGGGUGAUUAUUUGGGUAUAAAUUUGAUCCAUGCAUUGUUGCUGCUUGUGAUUAAUAUUUCUGGAAAUUUUGAAGUUGUU